AUGCAAAUCAAAAGAAUUGCUUCGGCGCACUUCGGCUCCGCUGGUCUGGUCUGUCCGACUCUGUUGGGCUCUACGAGCCACCGUCCAGAAAUAUAUGUAGUAGCUGGAAUAUCGGAAGCGACACCGAAGGCAUCGGGCGUCUGGAGGCUGCGAGACCUACGAACACGGCACAGGAGGGCCAUUCAGAGGAGCCGGGGAUCAAAGGUGAGAAGAGCGGAGGGCACCAUGGAGAGUGAGCCCGGGGCCCCUGCCUCCACGGCCAGCAGCACGGGGACGGUUUCCACCACCUCCACCUCCUCCUCCUCCUCCACCAGCUCCGCCGGCACCACGGCCGUCAGCAGCACGGCAGCCGCCACCAGCUCCGCAGGCGGCCACAGCAGCACCAGCACCAGCAGCAGCUCCGCGGCCGGACGGCAGCCGGUGCCGCAGAUCUCCGUUUACAGCGGAAUCCCCGACCGCCAAACGGUGCAGGUGUUCCAGCAGGCGCUGCACCGGCAGCCCAACACGGCGGCGCAGUACCUGCAGCAGAUGUACGCCGCCCAGCAGCAGCACCUGAUGCUGCAGACCGCCGCCCUCCAGCAGCAGCACAGCCUCAGCCCCGCCCAGCUGCAGAGCCUGGCCGCCGUCCAGCAGGCCAGCAUCGCCGCCGGUCGGCAGAGCUCCUCGCAGAAUGGCACGUCGUCCCAGCAGACGGGGUCCGCCCAGGCUACGAUCAACCUGACCACAUCGCCGGCGGCAGCGCAGCUGAUCAGUCGGGCCCAGAACAUCAGCUCCACCCCCACCAGUAUCUCCCAGCAGGCCGUGCUGCUGGGCAGCCAGUCCAGCCCCACCCUCACAGCCAGCCAGGCGCAGAUGUACCUACGCGCACAGAUGGCCCAGCAAAGCAACCUGGUGCAGGUGGCCAGGAGCCUGGGCCGAGCGGUGCCUCUGUCCCCUCAGCUCAUCUUCACCCCGGCAGCCACGGUGACGGCCGUCCAAUCGGAGAGCUCCGCGCAGGCGUCAUCACAGAACCAGGCUCAGAAUCUGGCGAUCCGCGGCCAGCAGGGGGCGACCACGUCCUCCACUCAGACUCAGACCCUGCAGGCGCUCAGUCUGAAGCAGAGCCCCGUGCCCAUCCAGCCCGCCUCACUGGUCAAGAAUCCCAGCCAAGGGACUCAGGCCUCCACGGGAGGCAAAGCCAGCUCCUCCGACAGCCUCUGCGACGGGGGAAAGAAGGGGGACAGCUCGGCGACGGAGGUUCGAGCCAUCAACAUGAGCCGCAACGUCACGGCCGUCAGCGCUCAGCCCCUGAUCGCCCCAGCGUACACCCAGAUUCAGCCUCACUCGCUGGUCCAGCAGCACAAGCAGCAGCAGUUUGUGGUGCAGCAGAGCCAGAGCUCCCAGAGGCUGCAGACGGCCUCCAUCCAGCCGUCGCAGCACCCCGUCCCCGUCCUGCCGAAGCCCGGCCCGCACCAGCCCUCCACUCCCAACCAGCAGGCCACCAUCUUCCACUCCACCAUCAGCCCCCACGCCCUCCACUCCUCCCUCAACCACGCCAAGGCUCAGCCCGUCCAGCUCACUGCCAUCAACCUUCAGAUACAGCCAACGGCCCCCCGGCUGGUUCAGGACAGUAAAGACAAGCCAACCUCGUUAGUGGUCAGAGAGACGAGUCAGACGGCGUCCACGCAGCAACAGCAGCAACAGCAACAACAGCAACAGCAGCAACAGCAACCUGCACCAUCACAACCCUCCAAAGCUGCAGAGCAGCCCAAGCUCAACCCCCCCACACCACCCGCUCAGCCCCAAGGAAGAGGAGGAGGAGGAAGCCGGGAUAAAGGCAGACGUUUCCAGCUGGAGGCUGGACUGAAUCGGUGCGCUGUCUCGGGAGGAGGAAUCGGAGCCGCUGUGGGAGGGAACGGGCUGGGGAAGCACGGGGGCGGGGGUUCAGCCAAGAGGCCGAGCGCGGCUGCGGGGACCCCACCUCCAGCCAUGACCUCCGGAAACGAGAGCGAGGCGCCCACCGUGACGGGCAGCGCGCCACAGAACGGCGAAAGCAAACCGCCGCAGGCCAUCGUCAAGCCCCAGGUUCUCACGCACGUCAUCGAGGGCUUCGUCAUCCAGGAGGGAGCCGAGCCGUUCCCCGUGUGUGUGGAGCGCCUGCCCCUGCUCAUCGACAGCCCGAAGAAGCUGGAUCAGCAGCUGUCCUCGGACCCGGACAAAACCCCCGUCAGCAACGCGGCCAACACCGACUCCGAGCCGGAGGACGCGAGCCAGCCAGAGAAAGACGAGCCCAAGCUGACGUGUGAAUACUGCGGCUGGGUGGACUUUGCCUACACGUUCAAGGGCUCCAAAAGGUUCUGCUCGAUGGUUUGUGCAAAGAGGUACAACGUGGGCUGCACGAAGCGAAUCGGACUUUUCCGACCUGAGCGGAACAAACCGGCCAAUCGCUGGCGUCGGAGGUCUCAGGGCCGUUCUGCUAUGGAGGCCAAAAAGCGGAAACUGUCUCCUUCGCCCCAGCAACCCCAGGGCGGCUCCGUGUCCUCGCCGCACGCCUCGCAGCCCAGCCAGGAGGAGUCCAGCCCGUGUUCGGACAUGUCCAGCUACGAGGAGCCGCCCUCUCCCCUGUCGGCCGCCAGCUCGGGGCCCCUGGCCCCGGCCCCGGCCCCGGCCUUGGCCCAGGUGGCAGUCCACCGGCAGGCCAGCCGGGCCUCGGACCAGGAGGGCUGCGCGGGACGAGACGCGCCCUCCCUCUGCGAGCGCUUCCUACCCAACGACCCCACCAGGUGGAACGUGGAGGAGGUGUACGAGUUCAUACGCUCGCUCCCAGGUUGUCUGGAGAUCGCAGAGGAGUUCCGCUGUCAAGAGAUCGACGGACAGGCGCUGCUCCUGUUGAAGGAGGACCACCUCAUGAGCACCAUGAACAUUAAGCUGGGACCUGCACUUAAGAUCUUUGCACGCAUAAACAUGCUCAAAGACUCAUAGCAGGAAAGCGUGUGUGUGUCUGUGUGUCUGUGUGUGUGUGUGUGUGUG